AUGAAUUUUAUAAGUUUUGUCAGGAUUGAAGAAGUUUCAGAGGCAUCUCAAUGUCAGAUGGACGAUUCUGGGGAAAGUUGGACUAUCAGUGAAAACAAUUAUACUAUACGACCUAAUAUAGAAUUAUGUAGGUUUUUAUCUCAUAGAGCCUUAGAGGAAGUGAUUUCUAUUGAACAUUCCACAUCUUUGUCUCUCGAAGCUUCUGAUUGUUUUAAAGUUAGAGAGUUAGAGAAAAAUUGGGUCGAACUUACAAAAGACAGGAAAAAUUUUCGUCAAGAGAUUUGGUAUAAAACCCACAUCGAUAUAUCGAGAAGAGAAGAGAUUACUCUCUUAAAAUACCUUGCUGAGCAUUUGAAACAUAUAAAAAGAAUCACACUGGAUCGAAUUGCUCUCUCUAAUACAGAAGAAUUAAGUGUCACAAAGAAAGAAAUUAUAGUUCAAGCACCUAUGAACUUAUCAACAAACGCGUCUGCGGCCCUUUCUGGAUAG